GGGGUAGGGGAAAACAAAAUGCAUAGUAAAAGUCACACUGGAAUCAUAUUUACAUGUAUUCCACAACAUUAAAUGCUUGGCACCGUACUUAGAUUAUUGUGGCAAAUGGAUGAAGCGUUUUCUUAAAUUAUUAUUGUUAUUUCACCACAAAACAGCGAGUCUAAGUAAGAAAACUGGCAACGUUAGAAAAUAACGGGAUUUAUUUAACCAACGGUCAUUCAAUGAUGGAACAUCAGACAUACGGGGAGGUGAACCAGCUUGGUGGUGUGUUUGUUAAUGGUCGUCCUCUACCUAAUGCCAUUCGAUUGAGAAUCGUGGAGCUUGCUCAACUUGGUGUACGACCCUGUGAUAUAAGUCGUCAGUUACGCGUUUCACAUGGAUGUGUUAGUAAGAUACUAGCCCGUUAUAACGAAACGGGAUCAAUCCUGCCCGGUGCUAUAGGAGGUAGUAAACCCAGAGUUACCACCCCUAACGUUGUUAAACAUAUUAAAGUUUAUAAAGAUAGAGAUCCCGGGAUAUUUGCGUGGGAAAUAAGAGAUAAACUUCUAGCUGAUGGCGUGUGUGAUAAAUAUAAUGUUCCUUCUGUUAGUUCCAUCAGUAGGAUCCUCCGGAAUAAAAUCGGCGGCAGCACCGGGAGCAGUGGUAACAGUAGUCCAGGAACAAGCCCUCCACAACAGUUCGAUAGCAAACCAAUAUCUGGAUCCAUGCACCCACCAACGGCACCCAUCUAUAACCAGUUUUAUCCGUAUACGUGUCCCCCACCAUCGAUGGGCAUGCAUGGAUCCUUCCCCUCCCCUCAGAUGCCUCCUCAAGGACAUGCUUUGCCAAUGAACUAUAAGCCUCCGGUGUCUAGUUGUGUGUCGCCGUGUAUGAUGAGAGCGUGGCCCUCGUCACAUUCCGUCACGGACAUUUUAGCUUUUAGCCGUCAACCGAUGCCAGGCCAACCAGCUCCCAUGCCUUCUCAUGAUAAUAUGGGUGGUAUAGCACAGACUUAUAAUAUGUCGAAUUAUUAUGGAAUGAAACCCGGUAUGUCACCAAUGUAUCUACAAAGCUGAAAUUUAGGGACCAAUCUAACACAGACCUGCUGAGAAAUCACGGUGUAAUUAAACUCUUAGGUGGACUGAUGACAAACAAACUAAUAAAAGGUGUUCAGCUCACAAUAAUCACAUGCCAAGUGUGAAGAAGAAAGAUGUAGCUAACGUGGAAUGACAUGAGUAAAUUAACACUCGAUGAUAAAUACAACAUAAAAUCACUGUCUGUCAGUCAGCAGACGAGAUAGUUGUUUUUAUCCUAUUUAUUAUACAUGUAUAUAAAUUG